GACGUACGACGGCUGCGUAUCACCAGAAGAUCAUGUGGUCGGUGCGGAUUCAUCGCGCAUCUCUAUCUGGUCGCUUGCGUAGGGGCAGAUGGAUGUACUCGUACAAGCUUCUCGCGGGGUGUGUCGGAUGGCCUGAUAGCUCUCAAGACGUCUCGCCAGCGAUGCAGCAGCCCCGGGAAUGGUGGCAAGACAAGGCGACCGAGAUAGGAUCACCGGGAGAAAAUCUCCUACCUGCGCGCAAAAUCAGUGGACCAGCCGCAUAGAGAUCUUGCCCAUCCGUCCAUCCAGCCAUCCACACUCUUGCUCAGGUAUCACCAGCAUAUAUUGGCGGCGCGGCCGUACUGCGGACGCUGCGCAGUCUCUGCAUCCGGAUUGGCCGCUGCAAUUCCUGCCGACGCUCUCGGUCCAAGGAUGCUACCAUUCUCCAAGCACAUCUGGUGUCGCAGAAUUGUCUCGAACGUCCAUCGCUGCUCCCAACCGGCAUUACCGCAGGCAGCAAAAUGUGUUUUUCUUUUUUAUUCUCCGUCUCCAGCUUCUUGCUGCCCUCCACAAGAGCUGCUCCGCCCCCUCGUCCGAUCCUCUCCGCAAUCCCCUAAAACUUGUAUCACAUCGUUGCCUGAAGAGACAAAAGAUCGCGCGCUCUUGUCAGAGAAGAUGGGCGCUCAGAGACCAACACCGUCGUGCGCUCCAGCAUCUCACUUCUCUAUCUGGCAUAAAAGGCCCCUUUGCCGGAGAUGAUCCCGAUCUUCGGUGGGGUUUGGAGCUGUUAGCAGUCCGAGCCGUCGUCGCUGCGACUCCACACGGCGCUGCAAGCUUAGCAUCAUAGCGGAGACAGAGGCUUGGGGGACCCUGAAUGACCUCGAGAAGCUGCGCGAAAUGAGGCUUCGUGGAAAACUUGCACCUGUAAAGUUCGUAUCACGUAGCUUGUAGGUUUUGAUGAAACGACGACGCGAACAAUGGUGGAAGGAGGAAAGCCCAUUAUUCUUAAGCAGAAAAGAAUAGGAAGAAAGAGCGCUCUUGUCCAUCGGGCGGUGUGUCGGGCAGAGGUCAGGUGCGGCUGAUCGCGUGGCACGUUCAUUCCUGCUACUUCUUCUCCCUGCAUUUACUGGCGCAGAAAAGCAUCGUGAAAGGUUAGCAGUGGUGUUUGACAGCAGCACGCUAAAGUAAUAUCCCCGUAGCUGCAUAUAUCGUGUGCGUUGUGUGCAUUGUCUGCAUCGUGAUUAUAUUCAGUAGCCAACAAUGGAAUUAUUCGC